CCGAGUUAAUUUGCAAAAUGGCAAUCAAAGCCCUCUUCUCCUCUCCAAAACCGUUCACGAAGGCAGCGAGAAAUUAGAAUUGGUCAAUGUCUUCUCACUCCAUCACCAUUCCAUUCCACCUUUGAAUUUGAACGCCGCCAGGUACCGAUCUUCUUCCUCCAUCCCUUCUAAUCCAAUGCCCUCCUCUUCCUCUUCUUCCUUUCCUUGACCCCCUCCCACCAAACCCUAACCCUCGAAAACGAGCGAUGCCGAGCGUCGCCGUGAAGCUCUACAGCGUAUUCUUCAAGCUCCUGCUCAAGCACCGCCUGCAGUCCCGCGUUGACGCUGUGGCUGACGAAUUCGGCAUCACUUCCCGCCCAGAGGAGUCCACCGAGCCCGCAAAUCCAUCCUUUGCCGCCGACGGAGUUGCUACCAAGGAUAUCCACAUCGACCCCCUCACCUCCCUCUCCCUCCGCAUCUUUCUCCCGGAUCCGUUCCACGAGGCCCUCCCCACCUCCGUCAAGACUACUUUUUCCUCCAAUCCCGACCUCUCCCUCCGCGCCAACGGCCUCUUUGCGGGCGCCUCCACCGUCGCACGCGACCGUCGCAGCUACGAAGGUCCCGGAUCCGCUGCUGCCUACCGAGGAUACCUACCUUCUCCCGUUACCCGCCACCACGCUUUCUCGCGCCGUCUCCCGGUGAUCUUGCAGUUUCAUGGGGGCGGAUUUGUUUCCGGUAGCAAUACAUCUACAGCGAACGAUUUAUUCUGCCGUAGGAUCGUGAAGUUGCUCGAUGUGAUUGUGAUCGCCGUUGGCUACAGGUUGGCUCCAGAAAGUAGGUACCCGGCGGCUUUUGAAGAUGGGAUCAACGUGCUGCAUUGGCUGGCCAAACAGGCCAAUUUGGCUGAAUGUAACAGGUCGAUUGGAAAUCACCGUGGUGGUGAUGCAAGGAAAAUGGAUACGCAGAGGCAUAUUGUAGAUGCGUUCGGGGCUGCUACGUUGGAGCCCUGGCUAGCGACUCAUGCUGAUCUCUCGAGAUGUGUUCUCCUCGGUGUUAGUUGCGGUGCCAACAUUGCUGAUUUCGUCGCACGGAAGGCAUUCGAGGCUGGAAAACUCCUUGAUCCUGUCAAGAUAGUUGCACAGGUUCUCAUGUAUCCCUUUUUUAUAGGAAAUGCCCCAACCCAUUCAGAAAUAAAGCUUGCAAAUUCUUACUUCUAUGACAAAACCAUGUGCAUACUUGCCUGGAAGCUCUUUUUGCCUGAAGAAGAGUUCAACUUCGACCAUCCAGCAGCGAACCCCCUUAUACCGGGAAGGCAGCCGCCACUUAAAUUCAUGCCACCGACACUCACUGUGGUUGCCGAACAUGAUUGGAUGAGAGACCGAGCAAUUGCAUACUCCGAAGAGCUCCGCAAGGUGAAUGUGGAUGCUCCAGUUCUUGAGUACAAGGAUACAGUUCAUGAGUUUGCUACACUUGACAUGCUCCUUAAAACCCCACAGGCUCAGGCCUGUGCUGAGGAUAUAGCAAUCUGGGUAAAGAAGUACAUAUCAACUAGAGGUCAUGAGUUCUCAUAUUAGAUUGUUUUUGGAACCUUUUGCAGCUGUUUUAUGUAUCAUUACAUGAAUAUCAAAAUUAGAGGUUAUAUAAGCCAAUUUAUUGUACCACAUGUGCUUCUUUCAUUCCAUGUUUUUAGGUGUAGCACAAAUUUUACUCUCAUUUUUCAUUCUUUUGUUGAAUAUAUGAUGCAGUGAAUGGGGGGAAGCUGUAUGGUUGAUUGAUCAUGUAGUUGAAAAUCAUCUAGGUAGUUGGAGUGUUGAAUGUCAUUCUUUUUCAUUCCGUUCUUGCUUUUGUAUUAUCUUUUUGAAUAAUUGUUUUUAGUUUA